AUGCUGUGCAGUAGCAGUCUGCGUUCCUGCGAAGGUCUGGAGACGAACACAGUCUUUGAGUACCGCGCGAAAGACUAUGAGCAAACCGGUCCAACCAUAAAAGAAGCACAUAUCGUGCUCGAUCUUAGGUGCGCCGGGGGGAUGGAUGUGGUGGACCACUCAUCGCUGGUGGGGAAAUUCGUGCGAAUCAGAAGCGCGGAAAUGUCCACACCUCUUGAGCUAAGCAGCAUCGGUGGGGCCACCAAUGGCCUCAGGCUCGCCAUAGCGUUAGAUAAAAUGUCUCAAAAUGAUGGCCGCAGGGUCGGGGGGGCUCAGCGGGUCGGGAGGAAUCGGAAGUGUCAGCUCAAGCGUCUCGAAGGUGUCAGUGAACGUUUGCACAGGCCACACCGUGGACGUGGUGAAAUGUCUCAAAAUGAUGACCGCAGGGUCGGGGGGCUCAGCGAGUCGAGAGAAAUCGGAAGUGCAAGUUCAAGCGUCUCGAAGGUGUCAGUGAACGUUUGCACAGGCCACACCGUGGACGUGGUGAACUUACUCGCUCGUGGUACGGAGGAUGUAGUAGGGUGCUUUGCGUGUGAUAUAUGUGCAACUGAGUCCCAGAUGCCGGGCGGGCAAAUAAACGGUUCCGACGUUUAG